AUGGCUUCCGAUCGAUUCAAAUCCCAUCUAAUCCAACCUCCUCCUCGAACCCUAAACGUCCAGAAAUUCGCUGAAUCCCGAGCUCCCGAGCUUGAAUCCCUGCACAGCAUCGUCUCCAGCCGUUUAAACCACGAUUUCCGAUCUCGCCGCAACAAAAGGCGUAGAACGACCGGAUACGAUGACCGGAUCACGAAGAACCGGUCGAGAAAGAGACGGAAACUGGGGAAGAUUGAUGAGGGCAGGGGUUCGGUGGCGGAGAAAGAUGGGAAGAAGGUUUCUCGUCGGAUUCGGAGGAGAAUUGAGUUUAAGAGCAAUCCUGCAUUGGGAUUCUGUCUGUCGGGAGAUGGGUCGAAGAGGUUGAGGACGCAUGUUUGGCAUGCAAAGCGGUUCGAGAUGACCAAGCGGUGGGGGUUUUAUCUUCCGUUGGGAUUUCAGGGAAGGUAA